AGCGAACGUUGUUUCUUAACACAAACACAAAAUAAUGAAAGCUGGUGGCCCUGCACCACACGUCACAGGCAUUUCGCCUAACGAAGGCACGCCAGGGACAAAAUUAACGAUUCGCGGUGAAAAUCUGGGACAAACAGCCAAUGAUCUCACGCAUGUAUUCAUCAAUCAAAUAGAUGUCGGGCCGACUGCCCAAUGGUUUUCACCUAGUCGGAUAACGGCGAUCACACCCUUGGGAGAAGGAGAGCUUGAAAUUGUCGUCGUCACAAACAACGACAAGUUUGGUACUGCUUCUGUCAGUUAUCAUCAGUCGGCCGAACGUAGUGUCGGCCCACAAACUUCGGUGCCUUACUGGCCUCUAGAUGAACGUCGACAUUGUCCAGCAAUUUAUGAACACGGAAGUGGAGGCAGCUCCGGUGGUGCACCUGGAACAGCUCCCGUUUCCAGCGGAGAUCUGGAUCCUUCGACUGGGCUUCCGAUGUCGGAACUGACCCGCAUCAAUAUACCGCUUUCAGACUCUGCUCUGCGCAGCAUCUAUCCAGCUCCCGGCUCUGUGCAACUGACCGACAAGGAUUUCAAUCCAAUGAUGUUUCUGCUGAAGUUCUACAAAAAUAGCAAUUUCAAUGACCUCACGGUAACGUUCAACAACUUUCGUAAGAGCAUGCGAGUAGAAGGCUUAGACGAACCAGUGAACGUGAUACGGACCAAUCUGCUGCUUAUCUUUCGUUGUUUGGAAGGCAUGGAUGCCCUGAAAAAUAAGUUUUUGUACGAGAAGGUUUCCAGCUCAGGUCGCCAGUUUGAAUUACCUUUUGAAGCCUCACUCUCAGAAUCACGAAAUCUGGGCUACGAGCUUUUCGAGGGUGUUCUGAAACGACGGGAUCGCGCCGAGGCUACGAGAAAUGCAAUCGGAGUGAUGCAGCGCUACCAGUUUUUGUUCAACCUUCCACAUGCGAUACGCUCAAAUAUUUCCAAGGGCGACUACAGUCUUGUUUUGAACGACUAUUUGAGAGCCAAGUCCUUGUUCGCUUUUUCUGACGUGGAAGUCCUUCGUCGAGUUUAUGGCGAUGUGGAGAAUGUCGUCAGCAACUUUCGCAUUCUGUUAAAAAACCAGCUGACAACAAUGCCAAUCGACUGUGAGGAGGCGAAACGUAAGAUCAACUAUCUACUCCAGCUUGAAGUAACUUUUGAUCCAACGUGGCUUUGCCUCCUCCGGUUCAAAGAGUGGCUUCUUGAACAACUUCGACUUUAUCAACACAGCUAUCGCCAGGCAACUGGUGCUUCAACAGCUGACCCAGAUGCCGGGAACUCUAAGGACGCUUCGGCCUUUUCGCUCGGCGUUCCGUCUAUGACAUCCAAUCGGACUUCUAUGCCUUCGGUCAAGUGGAUGGAAGAUACAAUCACGACUGAUGAGUCUCCGAUGCUUGUGUUAGUCAAAUCAAUCUGCCAGCUUUUGACUCAACAUGUUGUUCAGUUUUGGCGUCUCGGGACGGCCUACGCAUCGGGACAGUUCAAGAAAUUUAACCUCACGGACGAAGCCUCCGCUGUUGAUGAUAUCAGUGCUGAGACUGAUCCAUCGCAUCCUGCAACUCCAAUCAAUCCGAAAGCUGCCUGGUUGCAAAUAAAUAUGGAACUGAUUCACAUUAUGUCGAAUACAAUGCGCGAUGAGCUGUUGAAAACGGUCGGCACAUGGAACAAAGACAUCGCAUCAACUGAAGGUCUGUCGGAAUGCAUCCAACAUUUCAGACGCUGUUGUAACGUGCUACCGUUGGCUGAACUGCCCGCGGAAAUUGGUGAAAUAUUCUCUCGGCUUGCCCAUGAUUUGCGACGCCACGCUGUUCGUCACAUUUUUCGGCGUGCACAGACAGUUAUUGAAUCCCUUCACCUCAAAGAAGUGUGGGACACCGAUGUGAGCGAUCGUGACGGCGGAAUAACUAAACUGCCUGGAUUGUAUGAGGAAGCAAUGACCGAAGCUCUCAGUCGAUGCCUUGAGUACGUGAAACCGCAGAGUUCUGUGGAGAAACCGCUUUUUGACUCCGCUGAAUUUCUCGAGCGGUUUCCAGAUUGGUGCGGUGAUGCUAUGGUGGCUUUUCUCUCGACCCUACGACGUCUGGCCGAUCAAAUUGAAUCGACAAUUCCACAGCUUAAAGCGGAAGACGACCUGGACGCGUGGUGGAGUACAGAUCUCAUGGGUGCGCGGCAAUCUAGUCAGUCGCCUAUCUUUUCUCAGGUGCGUGGUCUCCUAUACGUGCUUAACAACGCCCGUUGGGUUCGCCGUUAUGCCAAUCAGCGACUCUUGACCUCUUACAAGACUGCUGGUUAUGUUUCACAUCAACGCCUUGAGGGCCAAUUGAAUGAAGCGUGGCUCAAAGGUAUCGAUGAACUGGUGACUCGAUAUGUUGCCUUGCGUAGUUCUUGGCUGUGCGCACCGAUCAAGCCGUUUUUCACGGAGCUUAUGGCACGAAGCGCUUCAUGUACACGAGAUAACUUUCCAGUUACAGGUGUACACGUAACAUUCCGUACGAUCAUUGGCAAUUUGUCGCAUGUUUAUUCCGAACUCGUUUUGAUCCUUGGUAUCGAGGGUCUGGAGAGUAAGCACCGGGGCAGUUCGACUAAGAACGGGAACAUUGGGUCUGGCGAAGAACUUGGUGUCCGUGAGAUUCUCACACGCGUUGUCACGGUGCUGGUGACACGGAUACAUGCGUGCUUUGCCGAAAUCAAGCUUAGUUCUUUGUCCUACUCAGCCCGGCUACAGCUUGUUUUGGACUUCAAGGCUGUGUCCUCGCUCCUGCCUAAUUCUAUAUUCACUUCCGAAACCAAGCAACGUCUGACGGACUUGUGUCGAUUGGGUGCCAAUAUUGAUUUGAAGAUGGAGGAGAACGAAUUCUUGGACAACACACUACAACAAGAAAAGUCCCGUAUGCGUCUUCUGAUUGACUCAUUCCGAAUUUUCGAACCGACUACUGGUUCUGUCAUCGUGAUUCGUGGCUGAAUCGACUCACCGCAUUACACACGCAACGCUUUUUUUCCCGUUCGCUGAGUAUUGCCUCUCGCAUAUCGUUUUGCAGCUAACUCGAUCUCGCCUCCCCCUUUGCGUACACUGUGAUAUACCCUUUACGGUGGUUAAUUGAUGAUACUCAUUUUUCUCACUUGAUCCUGUUCUUAAUCCUCCGUGCUAUGAAAUCAUCUGCUCCUACUGAUAGUUAUUAGUCAGAGACUGUUUUCACUGUUGCAUCUCCAAGCUAUUUGCGUAGAAUUAUCAUUCAACUUUUUUCUCAAUUGUCAGCUUAUCCGACUGUCCAGCAAACGAG